AUGGGGUGGGGUGGUGGUGGGGUUGUUCCUGCUGAAGGCCAACAUAAAACACUGAAGAAGCUUGAUCUGAGUUGGAACCACAUAAGAAGACACGGAGCAAUUGAUAUAUCUAGAGCAAUCAAGAGUAAUACCUCACUUACAUUUGUAAAUGUGUCUUGGAAUGGUUUUGCCUUUGAAGGAUGUUCUGCACUGUCAGAGGCUUUGGAGAACAAUAAAAAUCUCACAGAACUUGAUUUAAGUUGGAAUAGAGUUCACCCACCUGCAUUUCUGGAGUUAAUGAAGGGAUUAUGCAGAAAUUCAACACUUCAAAAGCUCAACUUGAGCCACAAUCCGAUUACGCCACCAUUCACAUCCAUUUUCCUUCAAGCUUUAUUUGAUACUAACUUUACUGGAUUAACAGAAAUAAUAAUGGAGAAAAUAGUUGUUGACCACGAUUUUCCAGAAAUAUUGCAAAAGAUACAAGAACAUCAAGAACUUAAAGUUACAUAUGAGAAAGCUUUGCCUCUACGUGUAAGACCCGAUAAACUCCGAAUGGAGGUUCAAGGACCUGCAGUGUUCAACAUGGAUCCUUUGAAAUUAUUGUAUUUGCUGAAGGAAAAGAACCGAGCUCAGGAUUUCUUCAAUAAAAUAAACAAAGACAAUAAUGACGUUUUGACUAUUGACGAAAUACAGACACUUUUCACAGAUAUGGGCGUGUCCGUAACCAGAAGUGUAAUCGAGAAAAUAAUGGACUUCAUGGAUACAGAUAACAGCGGCGCCAUUGAUUUAGGAGAAUUCUUGGAAGGAGACAGAAAAAUAAGAAAAAUGUCCCGAGAUUUCGCUCGUUCUUCUCGCCAACAGAUUAAACAGGAAUACAACAAAUACUCAAGGUCAUUCACUAGAGGACACAUCGAUCCUAUGACAUUUCAGUUGAAGAUACAAGAACCAAAACAACUACUUCCGCCAAUUAAGUCAAGAGAGCCAUCUAUUUCUCCAGUAAUGCGUUAA